AUGGAUUCCGAAAACCCUACUCUUGACUUUGUCCCUGUUUUUAAUGAGUAUCUAGAAGUGUUCUCAGAUGAUCUACCCGGCCCAUAUCAGAUUUUGAGGCGUGUUGGUAAAGUUGUUUAUGAGCUUGAUUUUCUUAAUCAUUUCGCAUCCGUGCAUCUGGUUUUCCCUGUCUCUAUGUUGAAAAAGUGUGUUGGAGAUCCGACAUCUAUAGUUCUCUUAGACGGUUUUGGAGUUUAUGAAAAUCUUUCUUAUGAGGAAAUUCCGACUGAGAUUUUAGAUCGAAAAGUUAAGAAAUUGAGAAACAAGGAAGUUGCUUCGAAGAAAGAGUGUAUACGAUUUAUUUGUGAAGGAGAUAGAUUAAGGAACUCGACUUAUAUAUGCAAGCCUUCUUGUUGUUCAUCACUCUCACCCUAUUGGAGAAUUCCAUCGACAUUGGAAAAUUUAUCAAAAUUAGAUCAACUAAUCAGAAAUGAAUAUGGGACUUCUAUUGCACACAUGAAAUUAUUGAAUUCGAUCGAAAAUAAAUUUGUUCUCUCCAGCAAGUUUUCUGUCGAGGGACCUCUUCGGAUGAAAGAGGAAUAUGUUGAAGGGCUAUUUGAAACUCCAAAGGUAGAUGAGGAUAUCGUGCCUGAGCAACUAAAGGGUGCUUUGGAUCAAGCUGUUAACACUCUCCAACAACUUCCUGUUCCCAUCAGAGACACUGUGUCCCGUGGCUUGAAAAUUCCUCUUGGCGAGGCGUUUCAAAGAUUCAUUAUAAUUUCCUACCUUGAUGAAGAGAUACUGAUAGUUAGGAACACUGCUGGAGAACCCGAGGUCCUAACGCGGUUGGAUCCGGUCCCUGAUCCAGAACCAAUGUUGGAUUAUGAGAGCUGAGGAGCUCAACUUUCUCCGAAAAAACCCGGUCAUUUCUCUCAUCACCCUCAGAUGCUGUAUUUAACAUCUACAUAAUGUUGUUAUUACAUCUUUUUCACUAAGUAUUGUAUAGAUUGAAUGUCAAGAUGAUGAGCAUUGAACGCGAUGUUACAAAGAUGGUUGUUGUUAUAGAGAGAUAAAAUAU